AUGAUUGAAGAAGAUACGGAGUCAGUACGUUCUGGUACGUAUUCUGCUGAUCUACAGCCGCUGGAUUUCGAUGCGCGCAGCAGAGUACAGAUAAAUGAUGUCACUAACUUCGACCACGAUCAAUUUGAGAAGUACCUGGUCAGGCCUGACUACGUCAAGUUGCUCAAGAAACAGGCUGACUGCGAUAUAUUACCCUUUAAAAGAUUAUUUCUAGCUCAAGAACUGCAACUGGGUGGUUCUUCUGUCACUGUAUCUCGUUUUAGCAAAGACGGUACACUCUUUUGUGUCGGUUGUAAAGAUGGAUCACUUAUGGUGCUGAAAGUGCUGCAGACUAAAUCAGAGAAGCUUGGUAUUAGUGAUGCCGAGUGUGAAGAGACAGGCAAGCGUAAGAUACAGUAUGCUCCGAUUUUCAAUGAGUUGGAUAUCGUAUCUUUGAACUCAGAUGAAAAGGUUCAUAGAGAAGUGCUAGACCUCUCAUGGUCCGUUAACCAUUUUUUGCUAGUCUCAUCAGUUGACAGUUACGUAACAUUAUGGACACCAUUUGAUGGGAACCGUCCAAUUAUGAGGUUCGAUCAUCCUGACUUAGUUACGAGCGCUAAAUUUAUAGAGGCAGAUGAUAGAUUUUUUAUCAGCGGUUGUCUGGACCAUUGCGUGAGGUUCUGGUCUGUGACGGAUAACCGGGUUGAAUACAGCUUCAACUGUGAGGAGCCCAUAAAUGUGGUAACAGUAUCUCCUGGGAUGUCCCACUUCACAGUUGUUGGCACAUUUGGUGGUUACAUUUAUGUGUUUUCCACAAUGGGCUUGAAGUUGAUUGAUAAAUUUCAUAUAAUCAAUGGCAGGUCAAUUGAUGGUAAUUUGCGCAAUGGAGCUGAUAAAAUAAAAAUUACUGGCAUAGAAUGGAUAGUUACAGAUAACAGGUUAGACGAGAUACAAGAAGAUAACGAGUAUAGCACCGCUAGAAUAGUGGUCACAUCGGGAGACGAAAGAAUCAGAGUGUUUAAACUGACAGAAGGGGGCUAUCAUAACUUGGAAUUGAAAGGUUUCCAUUGUGAGCAGUUUAGACAUCGGGCUCAGCUAUGUAUUUGGGAUGACAAACCAUUCAUAUAUUGCAGCAGUGAAGACCAAUGGUUCUAUGUGUGGAGGUUAAAUUACCAGGAUCUCAUGCUAACUAGAGCAACCAAUGAGAUUCUAUAUGCUAGCACUACACACCGCAGAAGAAGAACAGAACGGAUUCUGGGACACACAAAAGAAGUGACCUCUAGUGUAUUAGAUAUGUUCUUCAGUACAUACGCAGCGGCAGAUGUAGAGAUGGGGAGUAACGACAAAGGCAUGAGACAUGGUCAACAACAAUCGAUGACGUUUAGCCAUGAGAGUACUGUUACACAGACGAUGCCCAUCGGACAACCGACAGGUUCUACUACAAAGUCAACAAUCGAAGAACAACGAGAAGAGAACUACAUACUCAGACACUCUCAUACUUUCUCAUUCCACGCGCAUGAUCACCCUAUUACAACUGUCAAUAUAGCACCGAUAGGUACCAUAGCUGCAGUGACACAAUCAAAUGACUUCAUAUAUGAGUUUACGUGCAGAUGUUAUUCAAACAACGUAGAGUUGAGAGACGUAGAGAUGGACUCCUGUGAUAUCAUAGGCCCCAUAGUGGUUACGACAGACAGUGUUGGCAAGUUGCGAGUGUUUAGAACUGAUUUGUCAGACAUCGCUAGAGAGACUUUGAUAAAUGUCUUGCACAGUGCAAUGGAGACAAAACAGUCUACAUUCUGA